UUCAUCUGAUGACCUUGAAAAGAGUCGAGAACGAGAAUACAAACUUCAAACUUGAGUUGGAUACAAAUUGUAAAUACAAACAAUAAAAUAUUAAAAUCAACCAUCACAUCGCAAUCAGAAAUAAAAUCGAAACUCAUUUAACAUUUCCUAGAGCCAAUAAUAUAUGGAAAAGAUAACAAGUGGAAAAUGUUAACAAUCACCAAUUAAAAUAGAUGAAAAUGUUAGAGUUCACUUUUCUAAUAUUAGAAAAAUCGAUAAGUGCCCUUCAUAUAAAAUGGAAAACAGGAGCAAUAAAAUUAAGCUAAAUAAAAAACCCGGAUUCGUCAGUUUCAUACUGCCAAAUAUUAUUCCUAAUAAAGUAGGUGUAGUUAAUAGAAGUAAAAGUGCCCAUGAUAGCAAUCUGCACUUGACUUCCAGAGAAGCUAACAGUGAUGUGGCUAUAUCAAAAAGACCACUGAGUUUCAACAGCAAUAGAGGACACAUGAAUGGUCAACUAUCAAGCAAUACUGCACAAAAAUUGAAUAGACAAAGUAGCCUCUCUGAUGGAAAUAUAGCCUUUGAACAUGAUGAUUCUACUGAGGCUACAGACAAUAAUCAUUUAAUAGAAAAAUUUUCAUCACAUGAAAGUGUAUUCAAUUUGAAAGGAGGCGCAAAUACACUCCAUCUCAUUCCAAUCAGCAAAGCAAGACAGAGAAACUUCUUACAGGGUAAAAUCGGUGCUAACUCUCUUUUGGGGCCAUGUGAACUGGACAGGGUAUGCCCUAAUAGGGAAAUAACUAUUUUCGUAGGUACUUGGAAUAUGAAUGGUCAUUCUCCGCCAAAGGAACUGAACGAUUUCGUUCUGCCUGUUAAUCUUGAACACGUACCGGAUGUUCUUUCAAUUGGUACACAGGAAUCGUCUUCCGAACGAUACGAAUGGGAGGUCGGCUUGCAAGAGACCAUAGGUCCCUCGCAUCUUUUAUUUCAUUCGACAUCUUUGGGCACUUUACACAUCUCGACGUUCAUCCGCCGCGACCUGAUCUGGUACGUCUCCGUGCCGGAAGAGGCCAGUCUGUCGGUGAGACCGGGCACCGCGUUUCGCACCAAAGGCGCCGUCGCGUGCUCGUUCUCGGUGUUCGGCACGUCGUUCCUGUUCGUCACUGCGCACCUGACUGCGCACCAGGAGAAGGUGAAGGAGCGUGUGGGGGACGUGAAGAGGAUCGUGCACUCGCUGGACCUGCCGAGGGUGCUGCCUUGCAAGAACAAGAGUAAAGAUGUUACGCAAAAUUUCGACUAUGUAUUCUGGUUUGGAGAUCUAAAUUUUAGACUUUCCACCCCAAGGGCAAAAGUGCUCGAAUGGCUCUCUAAAACAAGUUUUCCGCUGCCGUCCCAUUUACCUCACGGAUACAUGCAUCACGACCAAUUGUGCUCGGUUUUGGCCGAUGGAGCUGCUUUCAGAGGCUUCUAUGAAGCGAAAAUCAACUUUCCCCCUACAUACAAGUACGAUCCCGGAACUCAAAAUUUCGAUUCUUCUUCCAAACAAAGGACGCCAGCAUACACCGACCGAAUCUUGUACAAACAAAGAAACGCUCGAAGGCUUAGCGGCCAUUUGGAAAAUCCCCCCUUACAAUGUUUGGUGUACGAUUCCGCACCUUCGAUAACGACAUCGGAUCACAAACCGGUUUGGGGGGUGUUCAAAGCACAUUUGAGACCGGGACUGGAUACGAUACCCCUAGCUGCUGGAUUAUUCAACAGAGAAGUAUAUUUGGAGGGUUUGAAGAGGAGAGCAGCAACGAUGAAUAAGGCGAAAGGAGAUACAGCAAAUUGUGUCCUACAAUAAAUCAAAACUGAAAAUCUAGUCAUACCGAAACCAAAACUGAAAUCUAGUCAUAUAUUUUUAUUUGUUGUUGAAACUUCCUAUGUACUCUUGAAAAUAAAUGUAUUCUUUGAUAAACCAAGAUUUUCAUUUCAACGAGUUACAAUUUUCGAAAAGUUUAUUUUAGAACUUACCACACAAGACUAGAGGCAACAGAUAUUCAUAACAAAUCAUAGAAAUAAUCCAAACCUUGGCCCAGCUCCCAAAUUGAUAUGCCAGUGUUCAGUUCCUUGGCCAAGUUUAAUCUCUUCUGGAUAGAAUGUAGAGUGGGAUAAAACACCAAGUGCUUUUUACCGUUACUAUCC